CGCCGCUAAAGAAUUUUGCCUCCAUCGACAGAAAAAAAGGCAGAGGAUAACUUUUUGGACUUGGGCCGCGCGGGUCCUCUUUCCACCUUUGCUCCCCUGCUGGCUUCAACUCUCGGUCGCUCUCGCUGCCUGAGGAAUUAAGGGGGCCCAGAGGAAGCCGUCGGAGGCUCUCGCUCACAAUGUACAGCUUCAUGGGAGGAGGGCUGUUUUGCGCCAUCGUGGGGAACAUCUUGCUGGUGGUCUCCACGGCCACCGACUAUUGGAUGCAGUACCGGUUGUCGGGCAGCUUUGCCCACCAGGGCCUGUGGCGCUACUGCAUGUCGGGAAAGUGUCACAUGCAGACAGACAGCAUCGCCUACUGGAACGCCACGCGCGCUUUCAUGAUCCUCUCGGCCAUGUCCUGUUUCGCCGGCAUCAUCGCGGGGAUCCUGUCCUUCGCUCACUUCUCGGCCUUCGAGAAGUUCAACCGCUCCUUCGCCGCCGGCAUCAUGUUCUUCGUGUCCACGCUGUUCGUGCUGCUGGCGAUGGCCAUCUACACGGGGGUGACCGUCAACUUCCUGGGCAAACGCUUUGGCGACUGGCGCUUCUCGUGGUCCUACAUCCUGGGAUGGGUGGCGCUGCUCAUGACCUUCUUUGCAGGUAUAUUCUACAUGUGUGCCUACAGGAUGCACGAGUGCAGAAGAGUGGCCGGCCCACGAUGAAGGAGCGGCACGAAGGGGCCGUCGAGCGCUACCGCUAACCGGGUGGAAAACACACAAGAGGACUUCAAAAAAGGAUAAAAUAAAAUCAAACGUGGG